AUGGCCGAAGGGGAAAUCACCACCUUCACCGCCCUGACCGAAAAAUUCAACCUUCCCGCGGGGAACUACAAGAAACCCAAACUCCUGUACUGCAGCAACGGCGGGCAUUUCCUACGCAUCCUCCCGGACGGCAAAGUGGAUGGGACCAGGGACCGGAGCGACCAGCACAUUCAACUCCAGCUAAGUGCGGAAAGCGUGGGAGAGGUGUAUAUAAAGAGCACCCAGUCUGGGCAGUACCUGGCCAUGGACACCAACGGGCUGCUCUACGGCUCGCAGUUACUGGGCGAGGAGUGCCUGUUCCUUGAAAGGAUCGAAGAAAACCAUUACAACACGUAUGUCUCCAAAAAGCAUGCGGAUAAGAACUGGUUCGUGGGGCUGAAGAAGAAUGGGAACAGCAAGCUGGGGCCGCGGACUCACUACGGUCAGAAGGCGAUCCUCUUCCUCCCGCUGCCCGUCUCGGCCGACUAA